UUUCCUUUAGGUAAAGGUUGAAGGGCCUUCGGGCCCGGCUGGCCGGCGUCAGAGAAGCAUUCCGAGGCGAUCUGACCCAGAAUCUUGGCCUGGGGUCGGGGAUCUAGCCUGGGUGCCAUCUCAUGGAUCUCCCCGCGGUCGCCCCCGCUGCCUGGAGUUUCGUCUCUUCGCUUCUGCUUCUGGCCGUUGGUACAAUGGUGGCCGCCCUUCUGGGCGUCGCACAUCGCUUGGGGCUCUUCUACCAACUGAGGCACAAGGUGGACAAGGCCAGUGUCCGGCAUGGCGGGGAGAAUGUGGCGGCCGUGCUGCGUGCCCACAGCGUGCGCUUUGUCUUCACGCUGGUUGGUGGGCACAUCUCCCCACUGCUCGUAGCCUGCGAGAAGCUGGGCAUCCGUGUGGUGGACACUCGCCAUGAGGUCACAGCCGUCUUUGCAGCUGACGCCGUGGCCCGGUUGACUGGGACGGUGGGUGUAGCAGCCGUGACGGCAGGCCCCGGCCUCACCAAUACUGUGACAGCAAUAAAGAAUGCCCAGAUGGCCCAGUCCCCGGUUCUGCUCCUGGGGGGUGCUGCUGGCACCCUGCUGCAGAACCGGGGGGCACUCCAGGCCAUUGACCAGAUGUCACUAUUCCGGCCACUCUGCAAGUUCUGUGCAUCGGUGCGGAGGGUGCGGGACAUCGUGCCCACCCUGAGGGCUGCCAUAGCCACUGCGCAGUCAGGCACCCCGGGCCCAGUGUUUGUGGAGCUGCCUGUUGACGUGCUGUACCCCUACUUCAUGGUCCAGAAGGAGAUGGUGCCCACCAAGCCGCCCAAGGGCCUCCUAGGUUGGGGGGUCACCUGGUACUUAGAGAAUCACCUGGCCAACCUCUUUGCGGGGGCCUGGGAGCCUCAGCCUGAAGGGCCCCUGCCACUGGACAUCCCCCAAGCACCCCCUCAACAGGUCCAGCGCUGUUUGGAGAUCUUGAGCCGGGCUAAGAGGCCCCUGAUGGUACUGGGGAGCCAGGCCCUGUUGCCCCCGACACCCGCUGACAAGCUUCGGGCUGCCGUUGAGACCCUGGGCGUCCCCUGCUUCCUGGGGGGCAUGGCACGGGGGCUGCUGGGCCGCAACAACCCCCUCCACAUCCGGCAGAACCGCAGCGCCGCCCUGAAGAAAGCCGACGUGGUCAUCCUGGCAGGAGCUGUGUGCGACUUCCGCCUGUCCUAUGGCCGUGUCCUCAGCCGUAGUAGCAAAAUCAUCAUCGUCAACCGUAACCGGAAAGAGAUGCUGCUCAACUCAGACUUAUUCUGGAAGCCCCAGGAGGCUGUGCAGGGAGACGUGGCCUCUUUUGUGCUGAAGCUGGGGGAGGGCCUGCGGGGCCACACGUGGGCACCAGACUGGGUGGAGGAGCUUCAAGAAGCCGACCGGCAGAAGGAGCAGACUUUCCGGGAGAAGGCGGCAAAGCCCACUGCCCAGCACCUAAACCCAGUGAAGGUGCUACAGCUGGUGGAGGAGACCCUGCCUGAGGAUGCGGUGCUGGUGGUUGAUGGUGGAGAUUUUGUGGGCACUGCUGCCCACCUGGUGCGGCCCCGUGGGCCCCUGCGCUGGCUGGACCCCGGGGCCUUUGGGACGCUGGGGGUCGGUGGCGGGUUCGCGCUCGGGGCCAAGCUGUGCUGGCCGGACACUGAGGUCUGGUGCCUGUUUGGGGAUGGAGCUUUUGGCUACAGCCUCAUUGAGUUUGAUACCUUUGUCAGACACAAGACCCCGGUGAUUGCCUUGGUGGGCAAUGAUGCUGGCUGGACACAGAUUUCCCGGGAGCAGGUGCCCUCUCUGGGUAGCAACGUGGCCUGUGCCCUUGCCUAUACGGAUUACCAUAAGGCGGCUAUGGCCCUGGGGGCGCGGGGAUUGCUCCUCUCCCGGGACAAUGAGGAUCAGGUAGCCCAGGUGCUACGUGAGGCCCAGCAGCAGUGCCAAGAGGGCCACGCAGUUGUGGUCAACAUCCUUAUCGGAAAGACUGACUUCCGGGAUGGCUCCAUCGCCGUGUAAGGUCUCAUGCGUUGGGAUCCUUGGCUCCUUCCCACCCCUGGUCUGUGUCUUGCUGGCCUGAGUUUCAUCCUUCCCUGCCUCAGGCCCACAUAGUGACCCCAGUGACUCCUCCACCUCCCUGAACACAGGGAGGGGCUGGAGGAGUCAGGGCCCAGGGAGGCUCCCAGCAGUACUCGUCAAAUCUUAGGCCUUUUCCUUGGCUUCUCUCUAACAGACUGAAUAAACCACUUUUGGCCCUUGGGGGUGAGCCUGUGCAUAUUGAUUUAUUGUCUACAAAGAUGGAGGUGAGGGAAGGAGGUGGAGACAGGAGGGGGCCCUACUCUCCCACUGGAACCUUCCCCCUCUGUGGUCCCUCAAAGAGCCCCACACACCCACUCCACACACAUCCACUCACAGGCAUCCUCACACACAGACACACACAUGCAUGGAGGCAAUAAAUAGUUUCCGUACCAAAGUGCCCCAGCCUGAGGGUUCAGGCAGGGCCCCUCCAGAAGGGAGGGGUUAAGUGCUCAGAGUUUUUUGGGAGAUGGGGAAGGGGAGUUGGGGAGGGGAAGGGCCAGACCCUGCUAUCUCCAUUUGCUGGUCUGAGGCAAUGUCGGGGUCUUCCCUGGAAAAGGGGCUGGGGAGACCAGCUGUUUUUCUGUAAGCCUCAGAAAAAC